UCACAGUAUAGUGUAGGCUGCGAUAUGCACAAUAUUCGCCUUAAGGGAAUGCAGAACAAAUGUGUGUUUGACAGUUGACUGCUGGAUUAGCAGAGAAAAUACUCUAAUUGGAUCACCUCUGGCUGUACAGCGCAUAAAUAGAACUCUCCAGGUAAAGAUAAACAACACACUCAGCCUCCAUUCCAACACAAGGAGUCCCACCCUGCCUCUGGAGGAAAUAGCUUGGUCAUGCUCGCCUUUGCCUUGAACUUUCCCAAUGUGCUAAGGGCUUUAAAAUGACUCACCACACUGCAACAUAUGGCCUGGCCUAGACACAAGGCUGGACAGUUGGAGUGUUUUAAAGGACGUUUGAGAAGCAGACAAACGAAGAUGAGGGCACUUGCUGUGUCUCUUGUCCUGCUGGCCUCUCUGGGAGUCCUUCACUGUGCUCGGGACGGGUCCACAGUGGGCAUCUCAGAGGAGACCCUGAAGCAGCUGUCCGUGGAGGGAGAGAGGUAUGUGGAUGAGGCGGUGAGGAAGGCGUUAUAUGGGGUCAAGCAGAUGAAGGACAUUAUGGCCAAGAAUGAGGAGAAGCACGAACACCUCAUGAAGUCCCUCAAGCACACCAACGACAAGAAGAAGGGGGCAGAAGAGCUUGUUGAUGAGAUGGAGCACAAGCUGGGGGAAAUGGAGAAGCAGUGCAGGGACUCUGUACAGACCUUCUGGGAAGAAUGUCGGCCCUGCCUGGAGGAUGCCUGCAAAGCCUUCUACACCUCAACCUGUCGCCGCAGCUUCUCAGCCUUUGCCAACAGGGUGGGGAACUUCUUCCACAGAGUCACCACGCGUUACAACCCCCGCGACUCUGAGCAGCAGCUGGGACAGAACCGGACGGUCGAGGGCUCGGAGCAGGACGUGGUGCGCAUCGAGGACUCCUUCAGCUCGCUGCUCUCCAAGGUGGGCACUCUGGUGGGCCGCUGCGUCGUGCUGACCUCGCGCAUGCAUCAGAGGCUGGACAGCACCCUCCGCAGGACCUUUGACCCCGAGCUUCAGGGCAGGGAGGCGGAGAUCGUCCUCCCGUCCCCUGACGAGGACCUGGACUCGGGCUUCCUGAAGGGUGUGGGCCUGGAGGAGGUGAUGGAGUCCUUCUUUGACUUUGGCCGCAGCGUGGUGGAGGAGUUUGGUGCCGUGCUCACGCAGGUGUUUGAUGACAUCAGUGAUGCAGUGGAGGAGGAGAGGAAGAGAGAGAAGGAGCUGUUCCCGCGCUUCCUGCAGAACAGGAAGCUCUGCAGAGCUCUCCGGAGGCAGUCCUCUGAGUGCUGGCAGCUGCAGCACAAGUGUGAGUCCUGCCAGGGCUCCGUGCUGUCAGACUGCCCUAAUGUCAGGGAGCUGCACAUUGAGCUCGGUGAGGCAUCCGAGCUGCUGGAGGUGUCCAAGCAGCAGUACGAGGAGGUGCUGGACAUUGUGCAGCGCCACACGGAUGACACGGUCAGCUGGCUCAGCAACAUGGCCACUGAGUUUGACUGGGUGGCAGAGCUGGCCAACAACAACAGCGCCCCAGAGAACAUCUUCAGCAUCACUACGGUGGAGACACACAAUGAUGAGGGUGACAAUGCACCAGGGGGCAACACCAAGGUGGAGGUGACCAUCCUGAACUCCCCAAAGCUCACGCUGACAGUGCCAGGCGAGCUGGAGCUGCAGGACCCCGCCUUCGUCCAGUAUGUGGCCGAGGAGGCUCUGGGACUUUACAAGCAGAGAGCCAGGCACGAGGACGCUUGAGGAGGACAAGGUGGGCGGAGGAUUUCUGCAGAGCCCUUUCCUAGGGCACACUGAACUGGAAAGAAUGUAGGAAUACAUUUUAGAGAAUGUAAACCGCAUUUUCCUAGACUUUAUGUGUUAAUGGAAAUAAGUUAUUUUCCAUAUUCAGUGUCCCUUAUUUGUUGAUCAUUUGUUUUGAUGUCAUGGAAAGAAUGAAUGAAUUCAUGUUAGAGAAUAUAAACUACAUUUUUCAUAGACUUUAUGUGUUAACGGCAAUAAAUUAUUUUCCCUA